AUGGCGCAUCAAUACCGCUACGAAGCCCUCUCACACGCCCGCCGCAUCCGGCUCCUUUCCAUUGGCAAAGACGCCUCCAAGCCGCACGGCCUACUUCUGUCGCUGAGCCAAGUGAAACUCGACGACGCGCCCGAAUUCUCGGCCCUCUCUUACACAUGGAAACUUCCAGGCCAAGCGCAGAGGAGUGUUCUCGUCUGGCUCGGCGAGCCGGACCCCAAAAAAGAGGUCCUGUGGGUCCACGACACCUUCAUCCCCGUGCUGGGCAGGCACGACAGCAAAAACGGAGCUAGAACUGGCGCUACAUUCCAGCUGCUGGCGGCGGAUCUCCUGUGCAGGUCCGCCAAGGCUGUCGAGCUGCUGGGCCAACACGUCUGCUCGCGCUGGACCGUCUCGUCGCUGGCCUUUGCCAACUUCCUCGAACAACACGGCUGGUUCUAUCGCGGGUGGGCUAUCCAAGAAGUGGCUCUUGGUCGCGCCGACGACAUCAUCCUGCUCUGCAGGGGCAAGGAGCUGAGCUGGCGGCGGCUCACGGCCAUUUGCCACUUCUUGCAGCGCGCCGGGUUGGCCAGCUCGCCAAGGAUCACAUACCAGGCGAGUGUCGGCGUCUACGUUGUCGGCAGCAAGCCGAUCGACAGAAAAGCGCCCAUCGGGAUCAAGAUCCGCGCCAUCGACGAAGCCCGCCGCAUGAUCGCGGCCGUCCCAACACAGCAGCAUCCGGCGUCCGACUCCGCGAGAUGGACCCACUGGUACCAAUGUGCGAGCGAUCUGAUAUCCAAGACUCAGUCAGCGCAGUUCGAGGACCACAGUGACUAUAUUUACAGAUGCCUGAGGAUGCUCUCGCAGAUGCUCCCCGAGAGGUGUGCGAGCCCGAUAGUCCCCGUGUAA